AUGCUCGUUGUGGGGUUGAGCGGUGGAGUUGCCACUGGAAAAAGCACUGUUUCUAGUGUGUUCCGUGCUCAUGGAGUUCCGAUCAUCGACGCAGAUCAAAUAGCUAGACAAGUUGUCAUCCCUGGAACUUCCACCUACAAAAAACUUCGAAAAGAGUUCGGAGACGAAUAUUUCGACGACGAACAAGGAGGAGUUUUGAGAAGGGAUAAGCUCGGAAAGCUUAUUUUCAAUAACCCAGAGAAGAGGAAGGCUCUCAAUGGUAUCACUCAUCCAGCAAUCCGCUGGGAGAUGUUCAAGCAGUUUCUGACUCUUCUCUUCACUGGAACCAAAUACAUCGUCUUCGAUACUCCACUUCUCUUCGAGAGCGGAUAUGAUAAAUGGAUUGGAACAACUAUCGUAGUUUGGUGUGACUUCGAGAAGGAAGUGGAGCGGAUGAUGAAAAGAGAUAACAUUCCGCGAGCUGACGCAGAAUCUCGAAUCCAUGCACAGAUGGAUAUAGAAGAAAAAAAGAAGCGUGCAAAAAUCGUUCUUGACAACAAUGGAAACAUCGAUGAGUUGCGUGAGAAAGUGAAAGAGGUCAUCAUCCAGAUGGAGAAAUCAUGGAAACCGUACAUCUAUCGCGUCAUUUUCGGACUGAUUCUCGGAGUCGUUCCAUACUAUGCACUCAAAUACAUCAGAUCUUAA